AUGUUUUUUGCAACACCGCAUCAAGGUCUUGAUGUAGAUACGCUCCUCGAGAUUGUGCAGGACGAGUCAAGGGGACCGUUUUCUAAGACAGAAUUUAUCCAGCAGUUGAGGGAGAGCUCAAAUUUCCUUAAUACACAGCGGGAGAAUAUAACAAACAUUCCCGGCCUUCCAGAUCACCGAGGAGAUAGUUUUGGCGGUGCUGCGGUCUUCCGGGAGGAAAAAGGCGGAAGCUUUAGAGUUUCUGCUAUCAAACUUUCGGGACAUCCAAAUCACGGAGGCAGUGGUGGCAGCGGCGCUCACUUGUUAUCCGAGGCUGAAGAAUUUCGGAUUGCGGUUUUCAAAUUUCCCGGACUUCCAGAUCACCGAGACUAUGAUAGUGAUUGCGUCGAUGUGUGA